CCCACUCCGUGACGCUUCUCAAUUGGAACAUUUACUGCCCGUUCAACUCGUCACCAGGACAAACUAAUUAAUUAAUUUAGUGUAUUAAACCUCCAGAAAGACCGCUGUGAACAUUUACUACAGUUUGUGUUGCAUUUCAUAAGCGAGUUUACCGUCGACAGCUGCUUCAGGACGAACAUGAAGGAGAAAGAAGACCGUGUUCGCUGCUCCAACUGCUGGAAAGAGACUUUCCUCCUCUCUAAGAUGCUGGGCGUUGCUGCACGUCUAUCAAGCUCCCGUUUGUCCUGCUCACCUUGGCCGGAGCGUUGACGUUGCCCGUGUGGUAGCCAAUCUGCAGGGAGCCGAGCACCGCUGCCAGGAUGGAGGUCAGGAGUGUGGCCGUCAGAUGGCUCUGCAACAGGGUUCAGUGAAGGAAACAUAAUGCUGCGGCGUUCUGAACCACCAGACCUGGUGCCUGGCUGUGAGAAGAGAAAUUCCCUGCCCUGGGCUCCUGUUACAUAUCUCUUCCAUAAUGAGGAUUCCAGUCUCUCUGGAGGAUGGAUGCCACCCUCUGCAGGACUUCAAAACUCACACAAGGUUGCCGGGCUUGUUUCCCCCCCCCCAGUACCUGAACACACCGGGGUCCUGUUAUGCACAGAGGAGCCACUCACUGGCUUGCCGUCACUGGUGACACACCAGCAGUAACCUGUCAGAGUAUGGCACUGGACCUGCAGAUACAAAGAGUAUUAGCCAACUAUGGUCGACCCCUCGGAGGCUGAGGAGCAGAACAAGUGUAAAGGCCCACAGCUCGACACACCAGCUGUGGCCACUGAAGACCCUCGACUGCCAGAACAGGCCGAUGGCACGACUACAGAGGAUGAGGGGGACGCCGGGUUCGAGACGCCGCCCUCCGGCAGUUCUGAGCCGAGCCCCAGCCACACUGCAUCACCGGCGGGGCCAGACGCCUCUGCCCCUCAGGGGCCAGACGCCUCCGCCCCUCAGGGGCCAGACGCCACCGCCCCUCAGGGGCCUCCACCUGAGCAACCACCUGAGCAACCACAGACUCAGACUGACAGAGCUCCGUCACCUAAAUUGCACCUGGACCUAUACAACUUUGACUCGCCGGCCGCGGAGGGCAGCCGUUACGUGCUAACAAGCCCUCACUCUCUGGAGGCGUGUGCUCGAUGUGGGGUCAAACCGGUGGAGCUCCUGCCCCGCCCGCUGGCUGACUUCGCCCGGGAGGCUCCCGGCCGCUCCAUGCGUGUGGCGACAGGCCUGUUUGAAGUCUACGAAAGGGACAGGCACGCCAAACUGAGGCAGUGCAGGGAGGAGAGGGAGAGGAUCGUUAGAGAGGAAAAAAGAAGGAUUCUGCAGGCGGCGGUCAAUACCGGCAGCAGUGCGUCAUCCUCUGUGGAGCAGCAGCACAAAUCUUCCUCUGGCUCCACUCCGCCUCCUAAAUCUGGGCCGGUGACCUCCAGCUCUGCCCCUGAUUUUGGAGCAUCCUCUAGAGCCACAGCGUCAGGGUCAACCUCUAAAACAGGUACAACUCUUUUAUCUAAAGCCCCCGCAUCCAGUACCUCCCCUAAAUCUACUCAGUCCUCAAAAACUGCUUCCACAACCUCCACACCGUCCUCCAAGGGUGGUUUCCAAGGAUCCUCCAAGCAUCCUUUGUCCUCUUCAUCUGAAGUAAAAACCACACGCCCGCUCUCGUCCGGCCCUCCUCCAGUAGUCAGGAAGUCCUCAGGUGGUAAAUCUUCUAACACUUUCCCCAGAUCAACACCAAAACCCCCCUCCUUCCCCAGAGCCAACUCCACAUUAUCAUCAUCAGUGACAAAGCCUGCAGUUCAGAGCUCUGGGACGCCUCUGAACGGCGUAACCGGAGCACCGUACUCUCAGCACAAUGGACAUCUUGGCUGUCAGGUCAAGGUGCCAGGAAAAAGCCAUUCGCUGGAGUCCUUACAGCGGAAGAUGGAUCCCGUCUGCUCUUCCACCUCCACCACCACAACUACUACUACAUGCACCUCAUCCGAGUCAGGUGCUUCCUCUUCUUACAGCUGGGAUGGACCACGAGAGCACUGGGCUAAAGCCUCUAGUCCCCGAGCUCGCACUAUGGCCACAUUCAACUCCCUGAUGGGCCGCAGCCUCAGCCUGGGCGACCUGAGCCACUCUCUGCAGACGACGCAGAAGGUGGAGCGCAUAGUGAGGGAGGUGAAGCGUCGAGGCCUGAAGGCCGUGUCCGAGCGUGACCGCAAGAUCGCAGCUUUGAUGCUCGCCAGAUACCAGGAGGAAGACAUCAUGAGUCAGACCCGCUACGUGGCUCACCUUCAGUGGGAUAGCGAGCGCAGAAUGGAUGAGCUGCGGCGAGAGCAGGAGGACAGAGAGAAGCAGCGUGCGGUGCUUCAGUGUCAGCGGGUGUGGCAGACUCAGGUGUCAAUACGUCAGCGGAGACUCAGCCAGCAGGAGCGACUAUCAGCAGCCGCCAAGAUGCGACAGGCUGAGGAGAGCGAGGAACGAUGGAGGGAGCUCGCUGAGCAGCAGGAGCGCAACCGUCUGCUGAGGUUACAGCAGGCGGCGCGAGAGGAGAAGCAUAAGAAAUCUCUUCAGGAACAGAACCUGAAGGCCCUGGAGGAGGAGAGGGCGGCCAUGCUGGAGCAGGAGAGGCUGCUGCUGAAGGAGAAGCUCACUAUGGCCGAGCUGAAGAGGCAAGAGAAGGAGCACCAGGGCCAGGAGGAUAGACGAGGUCUGAACAAAGCAGAGAAGAGACGUCACGCCGCCUUGAUACAGGAAAUCGCCCGCAGAGAGCAGGAGGAGAGGGAGGAGGCCAGGAGGGCAGCGGAGGUGAAGCUCAGCCGCUCCCUGGAGAAUUAUGAACAGAUAGUUGAGCGUCGAGGGCAGGAGCUGAAAGAAAAGGCCAAGCGUGAGGAGAAGCAGAUCCAGAAAGCACGCAAGGCUGCAGAGAAGCGUGAGAAACAACAGCAGCAGCAGAUGGAAGCUCGUGUGAAGGAGGCGGAGAAACGAGCCCAGCAGGCAGCUUUAGUGGCCGAGGAGAAGGCCAAGGAGAAAGCUCAGCGGGCGGUCCACACCCGGCAGGAGAAGGAAAAACUGCAGAAGCUCAACAGGCAGCGAGUGGAGGAUGAGGAGAAGCAGAGGCGUCUGGAGCUGCUGCAGUCCAUCGAGAGGAAGCUGGAGAAGAGCGAGCAGAUCUUCAAGGAGAAGAGGGCGGUGCUGGAGAGCGCUCGCUCUGUGGCACAAGCCUCUUUUCAUGUACGAGAUAAAGUGCGGGAGGAGACCAACAUGCGUACGUUUGAUAAAAUGGCUCUGGAAGCUCAACUCAAAGCUAGCCUGGAUGAGAAAUAAACCCACGGCUUUGCCGUGGACCCCUUACUUCUGGUCAUGUGCUCGGCUCCUGCCUUCAUUAUGGCCCUCAUCACUCAAAAGCUUUACCCUUCUUCCCAUAAAGACCCACAGUGUUAUUUUUUCCUUACGUAUCAUCACCCAUCAGCUGGUUUUUGACCAUCGUUUUUUAUUAUAGAUCCUUUCAAAGCAAACCAAAUUUUGUAUCAUGGAUGUAAUGAGACUGCAAACUUUAUCAGCUGUUAUAAAUGAACAGUAAAGCCUGUGUGGGACGUACAGCGGACUUCAUAGUAGAUGUGGAGAGAGCUGCCUUGUGCAGCAACACAACCCCUCCUCCCUCUCUCUUUCUCUUUGCCCUCUGCUCCGUCCAUCUCAGCUACUGGACUGAAAGCUGUGCGGGAAUGAAAAGAGUCAUUGUUUACCAGGAAGCACAACUCCAUGACAACUGCAGAGGCUUUUAAGGGAGCACUUCUGUAAGGGAAAAUUAAGGGCAAAUGGUUCUAGAUCCCCCCCAAAGCAAAAGCAGGAUCCUUUUGUACACGCACUGUGACACAGCUAGAUAUAGCAUGGAAAUAAAGCCCCGGGCUGGACACUUGUCCGUACCUAACCGCUGACAAUGCAGCACAGGAGGACCGUGUGCACGAGCCCCGUGCUGAUGAAGCAUCGGAGGACGCCGAUUCCUGCAGCGGGGGGCUGUUUUUCCUCCCUCUUAUUCCCUUCAAGGACUCCCUCUGUCUCUCCUCUUCAUGUCAGAUUACAGUAGCGCUCUGAGAGACAGACACCUUUUGACUCCCCCGCCGUCGAUCUGCUCCCAACAGCCGCCUGAUGACCAAGUCAAGGUCAACAGUAAAACACUCCCAAGUCUUUUGCUGUAGCAGACACUGACAGCGGUAGCAUGGAGGAGCUGUGGGAGACGGCCAGACGACUGACCUCUGACAGCACAGGGUGUACAAGAUCAUCGCUAGCGAGGAUGCCACGAACAACACAGACUGAGAGGAGAGAGCGAUGUAAAAGUCCAGGUGAUGAACGAGAGCUGGUUAGGUAACCUGCAAACGUCCUUUUCUUCCCACACUUACCUUUAUCAAAGGAUAAGACUUACAGCCUUUAGUCUGCAUAAAUGAAAUUACAUGUACAAGGUUCAAACACAGCUUUAUUGUCAUCAAGGCAUGUUUUUCAGUCCAUAAUAUGUUCCCCUUUACUUAGACAUUCGGGCUUAUUUUCUGUACCAUUUCUGAUGUUAUCAUUAAAUGCUUGUGUCAUUGAGUUGCUUCGCGAAGGACAGAUUUUCAGAUGUAGCAAUAAUGAAAUGGUCAAGAUCAAUAUCAUACACAUAUGUGAUUUCAUUGUUUUCGUAAGAACUCUGUUAAAGUAAAGGACACAAUCUGUGCAUACAAUCAAAACCAGAAUAAUAAAACAAACAUUUUACCAGA